AAAACUACUGUAUUUUAGUUGUUGCUGUAUAUACGGUUAGUUUUAAAGUCUAUUUAAUUAAAACUAGUUAAUAGAUGCCUCAUUUGUAAAAAAAACAUUACAAUUUAUUAAAAUGGAGCUGAGAAGUGGUAAAAAAAGUGAUUACAAGACAUCGUUAAUGAAUUUAGGACUUUAUGAGGAUGGAAUGAAACUGGAAGAGAUGAAGCAAGUAAUGCAAGCACUAGAGGAAUCGGAGUUAGAAUGCGAGACAGUCUUUUUUGAGAACGAUUUGGAACGCGCUUUAAAGGAGAGCGAACUGGACUUUGUUCAUAUGCAGUGUGAUGUCCACUCAUCCACCUUAAACAAAACUGAUGACAACUGUAAUUUCAAUAUUGUAAGACCAUUACCGCAGGGACGUAACAACAUGGUGCAAUAUAUACCAAAUUCAGAUGCUUCACCUUUCGAUAGCCCCGAAAUAGCGUCAGAAAAAAUUGUUGUAAGAGCUAUAGUGCAUCAUGAACUUAAUUAUAGCCCGCCGCAAUUGAAAUGGAAAUUUGAGAAGGAUUUACAACACGACUUUCAGACUCCGAUCAAAACCUGUCAGCAAAGCGGUAACACUUUGAAAAGGAAGGUGGCGGAGAAUGUUAAAUCAAACGUGCAUAGUAUUAAGCGCUCGGGGGUGCUGAUAACUUCAUCUCCUAAAAUACAUAGGACUAGUUUGGAAAUCCAUUCUCAAUGUGAUUCUGAAGAUCUUGAUCAAGUCACCGAUGAUAGUCAUUCUGACCCAUCCUUUUGAGGAAUUGUGUCACUAGAUGUUAUAUAAUUUAUAGUUUUAUUUGUGAUUAAGAAAAAAAAUGUUUUGUAUUGAAAAUAAAUUAGGUAUUUGUAAGUAAUAA